CUAGGAAUCAACACAAUUUUUUCUUGUCUUACCCACUCCCCUCAUCCGUUUCUGCCCCAGACCCCGCAAACUGGGGAACGACUACGCGAUCGCUUCCAAGGUAUAAGUAGGAGCUGAGCCCCCACCUCCUCAUCCAUCAUCAACUCACUUCGCCGAGCACUGCCUCCACCAACGACAUAGUCAUGGUUUCCUUCGGCAAAUCAACCCUAUGGAAGAAGCUGUCUCCCUCUCAGCUCAAUGCGGCAAUCCAGAUCUUUGCCCUCCUCGCUAUUUUCUUCGAGGGUUAUGAUCAGGGUGUCAUGGGCGGUGUCAACUCCGCACCAAACUACAUCGAUGAAGUCGGAAUCGGAAAGAACGGUGUUGUUACCAAGGCCAUCCACCAGGGUGGUAUCGUCGCUAUUUAUUACCUCGGGGCUAUCGUCGGCUGUUUCGGUGGUGGAUGGAUGGCUGACCGUAUCGGACGUAUCGAUGCUACCUUCUACGCUGCGAUCUUCUCUACCAUCGGUGGUGCCCUCCAGGCUGCUUCUAUCUCUUCCGACAUGAUCCUCGUUUCUCGUGUUGUCUCUGGUCUCGGUACUGGUGCCCUUACUGGUAUCAUCCCCGUCUACUGUUCCGAAAUCGCCAACACUGCCCACCGUGGUCGUUUCUUGGGUCUCGUCUUCAUUGCCAACUACCUCGGUAUCUCUGUCGCUUACUGGCUUGCCUUCGGUUUGGCUUUCGUCGACAACGGACAGUCUGCCCUUCGCUGGAGGUUCAUCUUGGCGUUCCAGUGUAUCCCCGCUAUUCUCCUCCUCAUUGGUAUCAAGCAGCUUCCUGACUCCCCUCGUUACCUCACCGCUGUCGGUCGUCACGAGGAGGCUUUGGAUGUUCUCGUUCACGUCCGUGGUGGAGAAUUGACUCCUGCUAUCCAGGCCGAGCACCAGAUGAUGGUCGACGCUCACACCCGUAAUGCGGACAAGCGCUCCAACCCCUUCGAGGUCUUCACUAUUCUCUCUGGAUUGGGCAAGCGUGGUGGUCACAUUACCCGUCGUGCUUGGCUCUGUGUCUGGCUCCAGAUCAUGGCUUCCUGGACUGGUAUUACCGCCGUCACUGUCUACUCUGGUGUCCUCUUCCGUCAGGCUGGUUACUCUACCGUUACUCAGGAUGGUUUGUCCGGUGGUGUCAACUCUAUCGGUAUCGUCGGUACCAUCAUCUCCGCUUGGUGUGUCGACCGCUUCGGACGUCGUGUCAACUUGAUGUGGGGUGCCUUCGGUCUCGCCUGUGUCAACUUCAUCGCCGGUGGUCUCUACGAAGCCGUCCGCCAAGGUGGUGACGCUAACCACAUCACCCCCGGUGCCGUCCUCAUGUUGUUCUUCUUCAACUUGAUCUACGCCGCUACCUGGGGUACCAUCGCUUUCCUGUACCCCACCGAGAUCUUCCCCUCCGAGAUGCGUGCCCUCGGAAACGGUUUCGGUGUCACUGGAUGGGCUAUUGGCUGUGGAUGGACUACCCUCGUUAACCCCACCAUCUUCGACAAGUUGGCCAACCGCACUUACUUCUUCUUCGGUGGUUUGAACGUCAUCUGGAUUCCUAUCAUCUACUUCCUCUACCCUGAGACCAACAACCGUACCCUUGAGUCUAUCGAGGUCCUCUUCUCUCCUUCCUCUCCCUUCGUCUGGGCUUCCGAGCGCGCUUACGCCCAGCGUGUAGGUGUGGUGAUAUACGAGAAAGUCAAAGUUGAACGGGUGCAUGGUACGAUAUAG